AUGACGACCGCCGCGCGACCGACCUUUGAUCCGGCGAGGGGUGGGACCCAGAGGGGCGAGAAGAACCUAGGUGCUCUGAGCAAACAGUACUCAUCCCGCGAUCUGCCCUCUCAUCUCAAGAUGAAAUAUCGACAGUCAGGUCAGGGAACCAGCGAUGAACUGAAGGACAAAGACUUCAAACGAGAACUCGAAGAGCGAGAGAGGAAUGCGGCCAUCGAUAGGGACAACAAGAGAGGCGUCGCUUCUAAUAGUGGAUCCAUUUCUGGCACUUCUUCGGCCAAUCGGUCGACAACCGCUUCCAUCUCGUCGUCCAAUAAGAAGCAAAGAGUGGAAGCGAUUACAGGAGUGAACGCUAAUAUAGACGCCGACGAAGUGUUGGACGACUCGGAAGACAGCGAUUCCGACGACUCGGAAGACGACACUCAGGAACUGUUGGCAGAACUGAAUCGCAUUAAGAAGGAGAGGGCUGUCGAAGACGCCAAACGCGACGCCGAACGCAAAGUGACCGAAGAGAGGAUCCGAAUGGAGAACAUCUUAAGCGGCAAUCCUUUACUCAAUUCAACCAAAACUGAGUUCAAAGUGAAGCGUCGAUGGGAUGAAGACGUGGUCUUCAAGAACUGCGCCCGAAAUGAAGUCCAAUCGAAGGAAAGGCCGUUCAUUAACGACACUCUGAGGUCAGAGUUUCACAAGAAGUUUAUGGAGAAAUACAUCCAAUAA